AUGGCGGACUUACCUGAUAUGUCACACCUCACACCAGAGGAGAGGCGCAUCAUUGAAGAGGUUAUGAUGCGACAGAAACAAGAAGAGGAUCGGGAAAAUGAAAUAAUGAGGCGAAAACAAGACGAAGUUCAAAUUCUAGAAGAAACGAUACGUGCUCGUUCUGAAAAACACAAGAAAGCGGGAAUUGAGCUGGACGCGACAUGUGACAUAUGCAUGAAGACAAAGUUUGCCGAUGGCGUUGGUCACAUCUGCAACUACUGCAACAUCCGGUGUUGUGCGCGUUGUGGUGGUAAAGUCACACUGCGAUCUAACAAGGUGAUUUGGGUGUGUAUAGUGUGUCGCAAAAAGCAAGAAUUGUUAUCAAAAACCGGACAGUGGAUGGUAAAAACGGGAUUAGGUGCCGCGGAUCAAGCGAUGAUCAGACGAAUGCAAGAAGACAUGCACGGAGGACCUCUGACUCACACAGAAUUAUCUCAAGACAAGCGACCAAAAUUAGAGCGUGCCCAUAGUGCUGCUGAAAAAGAAAAUCUUCCAUUAUUGCAACGUAGCGGAAGUGCACUCAGACGGCAGUAUUCCCAACAAGAACAGAUUCCAAAUCGUCGACUGUCAACAAGUGACAGUGGUGUAGAAAUGUCAGUAUCACCUCAUUCCCGUAGUCUACCAACACCUCACGUGGUCGUAGGUUCAUAUCCACAACAAACACCACGACACCCAGCGGCCUUUCCCGAAGAUGAUCCAAAUAUCUAUCGUGGUGAGUUGGAUGGUCUUAUGAAGCAGCAUGCCCAGACGUAUCAACGAUCUCGUCAAAUUUAUCAGGAACAAAAUUCGAAUGUACCAAUUACUUAUGGUCAUACGGGUGUGGAUAAUUCGCGUGUCCAUCAAUCACAACAGCAUCAAAUUCAUCAGGUACCUGGAAAACAUCUGUCGCAAGCAUUACCACCACCUGGUUCAAACGCUGGCUCAUUACACCAGCAACGAAGUUUCAGUAGCAGCGAAGAAGAACGCAGCACACCUGAAUGUGCAAGUGAUGAGCCUGAUGAGUCGGAAAAGGGGAAGGGGUACUAUCAUCAUGUCGGAGGUUCAGCUUCGAUAUCUGGUGGCUCCCGUAGACAUGGCCCUCAUAAUGGACAUCAUAUCACCGGAACCGGCAUAAUUACCACUGAAUAUAAUGGUCAUCAUCCACCGCGAGAACCCCGAAAAGAAGAAAACACUCUUGUAAGACGGAGUUUCCGGAGAAGCGAUGAAUGGCGCGCCGACAGCCGGAGGUUCACUGAAAGAAGGGGGAAAAAGACAGUGCGGUUUGAUGGUGGGACCAAUGUUGCUGGUGAAGAGGAUUGGUCUUGGGAGGCUGAUCGUCAAGGUAGUCAAGACAGUGCAACCAAAGACUCUGGUAUAGACACCUCGAGUACUUUCACGAGCAGUGAAGACAGCAACCGCGGUGAUUUACCCAAGCAAUCGCAAGCGAGCAGUGAUGGUCAAAAAAUAAUAGUCCAUAUGAUACUACGUAAAUCAGCUGGACCAGGAAGUAUAUUGGGCCUUAAAGUUGCUGGCGGACAAUUAUUGGACGACGGUAGAAUAGGUGCUUUAAUUGAAAAAGUUAAAGAAGGUACACCUGCAGCUGUUGAUGGUCAAUUAAGACCAGGGGAUGAAGUUAUCGAGUGGAAUGGACAUUGCCUCCAAGGUAAAAAUUCCCAAGAAGUAGCCAACAUAAUCGCUGAAUCGCGAGAUGAGAAUCAAGUGGAACUAAUUGUUGCUAAAAAUCAUCCCGACUCAACAAAUAAUUCAAUAACCUGUAGUAAUUUACCUUCUGGAACUACUACGACGUCGAUGAAACCACAAAGACGUAUAACUGCGCAAGCCCAGUGGCGACAGACACACGAAACCAUGCCUAUUUUACAGCAGCCUCAUCACAGAGAAUUAUAUGAUGUAAGGAGAGAAAAACCAUCAGUACUCGUAACAUCACCUGGUUCACCAGACUUACAUGGGCAAGGACGUAAUAGACAUCCACGUUAUCCAACGACAAACGCAAAUGUCGGUGGAAAGUUACAAGUUAAAUUAGAUUUCAAUCCAGCAUGUAAUAGACUGAGUGUUACUGUUUUUCGUGCCACUGAAUUAACACCAAGAAGCAAUGGCCAACUUCGUAAUCCCUAUGCCAAAGUUUAUCUUCUUCCUGACAGGAACGAAAUGUCUAAAAGACGAACGAAAACUCUGGCAAACACAAACGAUCCCAGAUGGAAUGAAACAUUUGAUUAUAAUAUAAGAAAGUCUGAACUAAAACGCAGAUGGUUAGAAGUGUCAGUGUGGGAUUUUACAAUUCAUGAGGCUAACGACUUUCUCGGCGAGGCUGUUUUAGAGCUUUCGAAUUUAAGCGAAAAGGCACAAUGGCAGUGGCAAAAUUUGGUUGCUCACGAAGAACGUCGACCUAUUGGACAAUAUCACGAACCAUACGAUGACAUAGCCAUAACUCCAGUUGAUUAUCAUCUCAGUCCACCCUCGACGACAUCUCGUCUAAGUGAUUCAGAUACGUCGGAGUAUGACAUCACUGAUUGCGAUAUACCGCGAGAUCAGAGACGAACCGCAGAUGGUGCCAGCAUCAGCAGCCUCGGCAGUUCAUCUAGGUUUCAUAAUAUGCCGUCAAAUUAUAAGCGCCACUAUUCUAGCCCGCCACCGGAGAGAGAGUACGGAAGUCUGGACAAUGAACACCGCAGUCGGCGGGACAUGUCGUCAACGGGCAGCAAGAGAGCCGCAUUGAUGAUUUCACGUGAUCAACCAGUGUCUAUAUCUGGUUACCCACAGUGGAGAAAAGACGAACCAACAGCUCGCAGUAUGAUGGGUUAUAGAUCUCACAGUGCAGCUCCGAUGGACUCACCUUAUUUACGUUAUCGCGGCAGAUCACAAAGUCCAACUGGUCAUCGUUCAUUAUCACCACCUGACCAUAGAUCAAUACCUUAUUCUCAUGGUUAUAUGCCCGCAAGAUUUGGAUCGAGAUCAGCUACUGCAACGCCCACGGGAUCACCUAAAAAACGACAAUUGCCACAAACGCCAUUACUGAAAGAACGAAUGAUGACUCAAGAUGACGAAAGACAUCGAUUAAUGAGAUAUCCACACAGACUUGUUCAUACAACUUAUCGAAGUACGGGGAUCGGUGGUUGGGAACGACAUUACAGUGGCCGAUCGGACUCAGACCUAUUAUCAUCAAUGGGUCACGACCCCCCACUACUACCACACGCUCACCGCCUGCAUCACCGACCUCGUCGCGGUCACCUGAGUCCCGACAAAGAUGUCCUCGGUGAUUUUGGUGAUUCCGACAUGGAAAGCAUUAUUUCUGUUGCGAGUAGCGCUUUUAGUACUCAAUCAGAGCGACCUCGCGGAUCUCGGGCAUUAAUACCGACAGUUAAAAACAUAUUGGUACCCAGUGUCAUAUCCUAUUUGCCUUCUUUACCACCCUUAUUUAUUAGGCGCACUAGGCGCAAGCACAAAAUAAAAUUACCCAUUAACAACAACAACAACAACAGCAACACCAUAAGUAAUAAUAUCAACAAUAAUAUAAACAAUAAAAGCAUAAGCAUAAGUAAAGAAUGUAGUCAUUAUAACCCAAUUAGUAAUAGUAUUAAGACCUGGAAAACCCCAUCAAAUAAGUAUCAUAAUCCCACCACAAUAACCCCAACAAUUAAAAAACCUAAACCCAAAAUAACCAAUACCUCAAGCCCAAAUCAUCUCCUCGUACGGAGCAAAUCCGCAGUUGUACGCUCGAUGCACAGAAAACCGCGUGUGCCUAUCGUGAGAUCGCAGACUGUUGAUGACAACCUCUUCCGUUACACCAACUUGAGUAAUUUGAGCAACAGCAACACGAGCAACAGUAGCAGUAACUUUAUAAAAGACUUUUGUCUUAAUAAAUAUCGGGACUCUUCAAAUAUAACCGAUGAUUCAACGAGGAUUUAUAACUAUUACGUUUAUGAUGACAAUAAUAGAGACCAAUGUCUUGACAUUGACAGAAGAUACAGCAAUAAAUCAUUACGUGAUGCGUCAUCUUGUCGCUAUGGUACCUCGAGUGAUCGUAAGAGCAAGUUGUCAUUGAAUAGCAAAGUUAAUUAUUUAAAUUACAAUAUUGUUGAUGACUUUUUUGUCGAUCUACGUGAUAGAAUAAAGAGAAUCCAAGUGCCUAGACGUGCUAAAAGUGUUGAAUAUGAAUCAGUGUCGAGUAAUAUAUUUAGUGAUGACAGUCUCAGAACAGCUAGACGUAAAGUAAAGCGUAAUUUAACAGUAACUGGUGAUAAAUUGCCGUAUUUAAAUGACCAGAGUAAGUCAUACUACGAUUCAACUGGUGAUAGUUCAAAAAAUUCCGAAAGUAUUGUCGAUGAUUCUGAUGAAUUUAAUAAUGAAUGCCGCAGUAAUUAUCGUAAAAAGUAUUACUCUUUGUACGUUAAUGAUGGUGGCAAUAGUGAUGAAAAUUUAAAUGAUGAUAAUGAAAUAGAUAAUAUCAUCGACGCUGUCGAGGCAAGCAAUGAGUAUGACAGACAUUUAUUUAAAAUAAAUUCUAGUAAACGUUUAAAUAGUAAAUAUAAUAAAAGUAAUGAUGAUGGUGAUAAUCAUCAUCCGUACGGAUUUAUUGAUAACGAUCAUAUUUAUUGUAGUAUUGAUGAUAAUCGAGGUGACUGUCGUUACUCGAGUGCUCAUGACACUUAUGAUAGUAGUAGUUUAGAUAAUAAAGUGCCAAAAAAAUAUUGUGAUGAUAAAUUAGCAAGCAAUGAUCAAAAUAAUUAUAGUUGUGAUAGCAGAUCAUUGUGUUUAACAAAAAGAACUAAAAGUACUGAUUCAUAUUUAGAAGAUAAUUAUGAUACUAAAUAUUAUGAUAACUAUAGUAAUCAUGGUAGAGAUAAUUACGAAGAUUCUCGGGGUAGAUCGCGUAGUUUUGGUGGUAGAACCGAGCCAUUUAUAUCAUUUGAAGCAGCUUAUGAUGACACGUGUCCAAAAUCAGACCGUAAAAGUAUUAAAAUUUUGGAAAAAGCUGAAUCCUCGCCGACUCUUCAUCCUGAAGAUGAUGAUAUUUGUGAUACCUGGGAAUCUACGCGGCAAAUGUCACGUAGACGUCGUAACAGUAGCUGUCCAGAAGCACGUGAUAUACGUAAUUUAGAGAGUCCAUUAAAUGAAACUGUUAGUAUUAAUUUUUUUAUGGGUUCUGAUGAUGACUUUGGAUCUACGGAAACAGUCGUUGGUCCAGAUUAUCGUAAAAAUUCAGUAAAAGAUGUUAAAAGUGAUAGGUUUAGUUCAUCUGUUGUACCACGUGAUUGUGAUGAUGAUAAUUUUAAAGCUCAAAUACGUACGGACCGGUCUGGUUCGUAUCCAGGACCAGCAAGACGUGACUUAAAUGAUGAUUUAGAUUACUCACGUAGUCGAAAAACAAGUUGCCCUGAGUGCCGUGAAUUGUAUAGCAAUAGACGUGAUAGUAAUUAUCAUUAUACAUAUCCAGAUACUAGAAAGUCAUCAUCACGUGUGUCUAUUAAUCGGUCGCAAGAAAUUUAUCACGAUAAAUAUCCGCAAGAUUCGCGGCCGAAGAAGUUACAGUCGCAAGAACGUAAAGAUUUGUUUGGUAAAAAAAGCAAUGAGAGACGUUUAGCUGCUGACGAACGCGAACAAAGUGGCAGCAAAAGAAAUGUUGCGAUAAGUGAUACGCUAGAAUAUUAUGAAUAUUCGAUGGAAAGUGAAAGCCAGUGCAGCGAAAAUUGCGGAUUUGGCCCGUAUGAUUUAUCACUUAGGCCCCGAAACCGAGCACCCCGCCCCGGUAACGCUAAUUCAAAUAUCUUUGAUUCCCAAACCGCUACCUCCGACACUGCUAAAAAUCACCCACGGGUCAACGAUCAUCACAAUGAUACCAUUCCACGACGUAAACGACGUGAUCCAUCCAUGAUCAAUGAUGCUGCCAAUGAUGACACUGGUUCGUCCUCUAAAACUGCUUACAAAAUUACCACUGACUCUAAUUCUACUAAAACGUCCGUUGAUUCCGUCCGAAUCAAUAACAAUGCUGAUAAUAAUCCUGACGCUGAUAAUUUUCAACGUAAACGGAGUAGUGGUGAUUACAAUAGUCCUGGUGGUUCAUAUGAAAAAAACACGAGACAUCAGGUGACGGGUAAUGGCCACAAUGGACACACCAAGAGGGGACAAUUCAGCAGGAGUCUUAGCAAUGCCGAUGGACCACCUGAUGAAAAAGUUGCUGACGGAAGUUUGAGUGACACCGCAGUGGGUCUUCACGUGGAAGAAGCGGCCCGCAGAGCGCGAAAAAGUUCACCAGGUAGUAAAAGCGGAAGCGGUAGCAGCAGCGGCGGCGGAAGUGCUUCGCAAUAUCAAGCCGGAUUAGGCAAGAAGAGUAACAGCACCAGUCAGCUCUCGGCGACAGAGUGCAUCAGCGUGGUUGGUGUCAACGCCGAUUCAAGGAGUACUGGUAUACCAGUUACCCGUAAGCGGAACAGCACACCCAGCAGCUUUCAACGUUCCCAGGAGGUUGUACCCAUGUAUCAACGUCUUGGUGCCACUAAACAGCCGGGUUCGGUUACCAGUGACACCGCGGGAUCACUCAACUCGAUUUCUAGUUCCGAAGCAAGUUCCUGGUCUCCGUGUUUGAGAUCGACGGGUGAAGGAGGACAACUCAGUGAAUUUAUCGACGGCCUUGGACCAGGUCAAUUAGUUGGUAGACAAGUACUUGGAGGAUCUUCACUUGGUGACAUACAGUUGGCCCUGAAUUAUACUAAGGGCUAUUUAGAAGUCGAAGUUGUUAGGGCAAGAGAUCUUCAACCAAAACCAGGCAGCAAAAUACUUCCAGCUCCUUACGUUAAAGUUUAUCUGGUUAACGGUAAAAAAUGUAUAGCUAAAGCCAAAACGACAACAGCGAGAAAAACACUGGAGCCUUUUUAUCAGCAGCCUUUGGCUUUUCGUGAAAAUUUUCAAGGUUGCAUUUUGCAGGUGACAGUGUGGGGUGAUUAUGGACGAUUAGAAGGUAGAAAAGUAUUCAUGGGUGUCGCACAAAUAAUGCUGGACGAUUUAAAUCUCAAUGAAAUGGUAUUCGGAUGGUACAAACUCUUCGGCACCACGUCCCUGUGAAAUCAAUGGAACUCGAGUGUACAUCACAUCGAUAUAAAUGCAAACAAGGUGUACUUAUAAAAAUUAACGCCUGUUAAAUAAAAGAAAAUAAAUAAAAAAAUUAGAACUGAUAAACUUAAAAAUAAAUAAAAAUAAAAGUGAGUGAUUUACUGAAUAAAAUUUAAUGUAAAAGUGAUUAGUGCACUAAAUUAAAUGCAUUUAAUCCAAGUAAAAUAUGUUAUCACAAAAUAAGUGACAAAAAUUUAAAUAAUUAUUAAAUUAAAAUAUAAUCAUUAAGAAUUAAUUA